AUGGCAGUGAGAGGAUAUCCAGAACACAUCAACCAAGUUGGAAAGAAGGAGAAAAAAGAAAAGAGCAAGCAGGAUCUCAUGAAAAUUAAAAAGGGGAAGAAAGUGAUGCAAGAGGGUGAUUUGUAUGAGAAUGCCACAACAACAGAAAUGAAAGGUAUAAUGGCAAAACAAAAUAAGAAUGAUGAAACCAUCUAUGAAAACCCAGAGCCUUCAAAACCAGCUGAGAAAAAGAAUGUGAACAAGGAUGGGCUUAUUUACGCUGACCUUACAUUUAAUGAUCAACCAAAGGGCCAAAAGAAGCUUGUAAUACAUGGACUGGACAGCAUGACAGAAUAUGUUAAAGUUGACUUCACGAAGAAAGCAGAUCCUUUACCAGAUAGCGAUGAUGAAAAUAAUUCACCAAAGAACUAAGUCCACUUAAUGUGCAUAAUUAUUUACCAGAUGGCUUCCAUUUAAGUCUUAACAGAUAAAUAUUUUUAUAGACAUUUACAUGUUUAUUUAUAUUCACUAUUUUGUAAUAUAUUUUAUUGUUAAAAUUUGCUUUCCAUUAUAUCCAAGAGUUGCUACUGAUUUGAGAAAAUGAUAUAAUACUGUAGCAGGUAUUCUGAUCAAAAGAGCCAUUCUUAUAUAAACAUUAAUUACGCUAAUAAUUAAGCGUACUAUUUUGCAUAAUUUCUGUAUAACGUAGUGAAAUAUCUUUUGUAGAAUGUGUACUGUAUCUAGAAAGAGCAUGUACGAAAACACUAACAAAAUAUUUAUUAUUGAAAAACUGAUGUAACUGCAUCGGCAGUGAGAUAACUAUAAGUAGUUAGAAUACUGAUAUGCAUAUUACUGUGAAAUCAUUACUGUCCGUUG